UACUAGAUCCUCACAGGGGAUAGUUUCUUUAUUGGUGGAGGACCCUGGGUCCUCCAAGUGCCUCUUUAAGCAAUAAUGACAUCACUAACAUUCAGGCUGGAACUUUCAACUCAACACCACAACUGAGAGAGUUGGACCUGUCUAACAACAAGUUAACAACCCUCAGAGCCGACAUGUUCACAGGGCUGGGGAACUUGGGGUACCUUUCCCUGUACAGUAAUAACAUCAGUGAUAUUCAGGCUGGAACUUUUAACUCAACACCACAACUAACAUGGUUGGACCUGCCUAAUAACAACAUCACAACAUUUCCCUUUGAUGAGUUGUCAAGACUUCAAAGACUUUAUCAACUUGACCUUUACAAUAACCAACUGACAACCCUUCCCUCUAUUGCCUAUGACAUACUUUCAUCCAUCUCUACUGUAAUCAUUGGCAACAACCCCUGGCAGUGUGACUGUAGGAUGGUGGACUUCAGGCUGAAAAUGACAGGGUCUUAUCCUUUUGAAAACCAGAUCACUUGUUCCCAACCUGACAGCCUCCAUGGGCUAAAGCUUAAACAUGUCAGUCCUGAAGAUCUGAUUUGUGAAGAUCCAACAACUGGUUUGAUGUCCCCAGUUACUUCCCCUCCACCUACCACCGUAGCUACGGAGAUCCCAGAACCCAGUACUGUCCAGAACUCUUCUAUAACAUCUUCACCUGUUUCUGGUGUCUUUUCACCUUGAAAACAAACCGACCCUGCGCUCACUUUGUCCCUACUUGGUCUUCACUUCUUGGUGCUGUUUUUGGUUCAGUAGCAGGUGCUGCCCUCAUCAUUGGUGGCAUCAUUUUUUACAAUCAGACUGAACAAGUAUCGGAAGAACAAUACACCUCCCUGAUGCCUGCACCAAAAUACUUUCCACUGUACAAACACUAAUGUACAGCUGUUAACUACAACUAAGGCCAUUACUGCCCUAAUUUUAUGGAUUACAUCUUCUAAAGACCCCCAAACUAGUGUGUGCGGGCGAAUAAAAAAAAUUCCAGCCCAAAAUACAAAGCUGGUAUUGUGAAUUUGCGGUACAUAGCGAUUUUUACAAGCCAGCACAUGCUGGUCUUUUAUGAGUCUGCACUGUACUGAUUUCUUGGGUUCCGUGGGGCUCCAGCAGCCUGGGUGCCGUCAUCCAUAGUUACAACUGGCUCCCUACAUGUAGCUACCAUGGACUACAGAGGAUGGCACCCAGGCCAGAGCGUCAGAGGUGAUGAUUUUUUUGAGAACAGGGAAAAUCGCGGAUGUUAUCCAUAAUAUUAAAUCAGUGUGGCCUAAUAGGUAUAAUACCGGUGCAAUAGCUCAAUUGGUAGAGUGCUCG